AGGCCAAUCAGAGAGAUCAAGACUGGCGGCGGGGACCCACUGGGCCUAAUGGAUCAUCAGAAGACGUUUAUUCCCCUCAACAGCAACACCAAGAUCGCUCUCCUCCUCCUCUUGCCCACCUUCCGCCCCAUGAACGGAUGAUGGGAGGUGUCCCGCCCACUCCCGGCCAGGGACAUCUUCCGUAUCACCAGCAAGCCACACCUGGAGGACCAGGACCCUACAGCAUGUACAACCGUCCGCCGAGUCUGGUCCCCAUGAGGCGAACCCCGAGUAUAGCUGCUCCCAUGUCCCUACGAGGAAGCGUGGGCCCCAUGUCCAUGCGAGGCUCAAUGACGCCCGGCCCGGGUGCAGGAGCAGGUGCAACUGUAGCCAGCCUGAAACAAAAGGCAAUCAUGAUCGAGAUGGGCGAUCGAAUCAAGUCUUUGGAGGGCGGAAUUGGGAGCAUGGAUGAGAGAGUGCGCAACAUGCUGGAUGAAAGGAUGGGACCUGUGGAGGGUCUGCUGAGGGAGAUCAUCAGAGGACAGGCAAAUCUUGCUGGUGGAGUAGGGAGUGGGAGUGGGAGCGGUAGCGGCAGUGGUAGUGGUAGCAGCGCAGAGAGGACAGAGGAUCGGAGACAGCCACCAUUGGCUUCGACUACAACGACGACCCCACAGCGUCCACCCCCUUCAGGCCUCAAUGGCUCCGCUAGCGAAGGAACAAGCGCAAACCGAUCCAGCGCCGUCACUCCCACGGCGAGCAACGGCGGCAUGCCCCCGCCCUCGUCUGUACCCCGCAGUGCCGGCAGCUCGAAUCGGAUACCCAAAUCGAUGCUUUCGAGUCUGAGUGGGACGCCUUUGCGCAAGAGGAUUGUAGAUCAGCGAAAGGCGGCGGGUCAAUCUCCGGGAAGCGUCGCGACGGAGAGGAUACAGUCUGCUCAGGCUCAGACCCAGGUCCAGGCAAAUGCAGCUUUCAAGUCUCCAGCGGCGGUGGCCUCCCCACGAUCAAAUACGCAGCUACAGCCAACAGCGCUGGCUGGUUCUCCUCAAAAGUCUGCCCUAGCUACUUCUGGCGCAGUCCUCCACCACAGAGCAGGCUCACCCUCUCUGGCUGCUCUAGGCCCAAUCCCUGGGCAAGGUCAAGAAGCGGGCAACGUCGCGCCUCCUACGGCUCAGUACGAGCACGACGAGCUGGACGGACUGGACAACAGCUUUGAUGGUCUGGAUGGAGAUUUACAGGAAGCUGACGCUGCAGGAGCGACAGUGGAGGGCGGGUUGAACGAAGGGGAGAGGAAUGGUGCGUUACAUCGGGCUGGAGGGACUGGUGCUGCAAGAGGGAGGAAGAGGAAGGCGGUGUGAUGCGUGCGCAAAUGGCGGACCGUGCCGUCUGAAGACAGCCGUAUGGUGGAUCUUGGCAUUCGGCAAUCGUUACACUAUUUACCCUACUGUACAGGUCGGCGAUACUCGGGUAACAGCGUGUGGCAGGUGUGUACGUGCCGGGCAGAUCUACCCGAAGCAAUGAUUCCGCCCAGGUCCGUGUCCGUUCGCUCUUGAUGGCCGAGCCCAAUUGGACCCUCACGUUCCUUUCACUCUCCCCUUUGCACAAGUCGUCAUAGUAGCUAUCUCUGCUUCCACAGAAACAGAAAGACAACAAGGCGGACAGGAACGAAC